AUGAAGUACUCACUCGCUCUAUCAUGGCUACCUUUCAGCCUAGCCCUCCACAUUCCCAGAACCGACAAACCAAUAAACGAAUGCUCAGCCCAAAGCAUCAUUGAUCUUCUUAAGAUGGAACCCUCUGACGAAAAAGGCUUCUUUACCCAAACUUUCAUCGAUCCUGAAACUGUCCAUGGUACAAACCGCUCCGUCAGCACGGCAAUCUACUAUCUUCUUAAAGGCUCCGAAGGUGACUCACUUUGGCACAAGCUCGAUGCAGCAGAGGUCUGGCACUAUUACGCUGGCGCCCCGUUAGUUCUGUCUGUGUCUUGGAAUAAUGGGUCUUGUGGGGAGGAGCACGUCAUGGGAAGUAAUCUGUUUGCUGGGGAGAGGCCGCAGGCUGUUGUUAGGGCGGAUGAGUGGCAGAGGGCCAGAAGUUUGGGGGAUUGGACGCUGGUUGGGACUACGGUUGCGCCAGCAUUCGUUCCAAGUGGGCAGGCUUUUGAGGCUGAAGGGUGGGAGCCAAAGGGUUGUAAGUCCGGGUAA